UUUUAUUUUAUUUUAUUAUUUUUUUUUCUUCUUCUUAUUAUCAUUAUUAUUAUUUCAUUUUGUUUGUAUUUGACAGCCUAAUUAAAACCCUACAUUUUACCUGAUAAGCUACAUGGUAAUAGCUGAUAUAAAGUAAUAAUAUAGUGAUUGGUAUAAAAUAGCUGAUAAAUUAGAUGACAAAUGUAAAAUAAUAUAAUAAUAUUUAACAUAAUAUAAAAACAUUUAAAAUUCAUCGGGAAAAUCUUCAUAAGCUCUUUCAAAUAAUUUUUUAGAAACACCAUGUUGUAAUAAAAUCAAAAACUAGGUUGGCAUAUACAUAUCAACCAAAGUCUUUUUUUAAACGACACGCCAAAAAUAAUGUUAAUACAAUACUUAUAAACUUUUCUCUUUUUAGCAAUGUUUCUAAAAAAGCAACCACCAUCUUUAUUUUCCUUUUGGCCCAAAGUAAAAAAAAUAUUUCUACAUCCUUUUAUAAAGUUUUUGGAGAUACAAAUUGCAACCCAAAUCUAUAUUUCUCUUAUUGAAUACUUAUUGUAUUGUUUGAUGUAGUCAUUAAAUAUUUCUGAAGAAGUAAAUAAAUUUAAACAUUAUUACAUUCAUUAAAAGUUCAAAAGCUUAGAAAUUACACAGAUCUUUGAAAUCUAUAUUAUUGAACUUCACUUAUUCCGAGAUUUAUGAAUUAUGAGGUGAUAGAAUGAAGCAAGAGCAUUCUGCGAGGACCAUACUGUAAAACUUGAAAAUUAUAGUUCCUAGUCUGAAAUUACAGACAAAUUAGCACAGUAUCUCCUAAAUCAACCGAUCAAAGUCUACACCUCGAUACUCACGACGCCUUACAAACUUUGACUUCACCGUAAAAAUCAACCCCCAAUUCAUCGAUCUCAUCAGCCAAAUCACUCCCAAUCAUUCAAUGGAUUAAAAUCAUCAACAUACACUUUACCAAUUUCACAAAUUAUUUAGGAUUCCACAACUUCAUCCUCCAGCUUUGUUGAUACUAACAAGGAUGUGGUUAUGGAGGGUGCUGUGUAUGCUAAUGUUAGGUUUAGGUUCAGUUUCGGAAUUCGGUGAAGCUUUGAAGUUGCCUUUUAGAGUUAACGAUGUCUUACCUGUUCUACCACGUCAAAUUUCGUGGCCUGUUAUGAACAGCUUUGGUAAGGCGGUGGAUUUGUUGCCGUCGUUCGUCGGGACGAUUUCUCCGAAUAACGGGACACUUCAGUGGAAAGGUGCUUGUUUCCAUGGCAAUGAAGCUCGUAUGGACUUCACUGAAGGGGAUGAUCGUGGUUUGGGAGGCGGGAUCAUCCAUCUCAAGACCUCUGAAGCCCACAGUUGGACAUGUAUGGAUCUCUAUGUUUUCGCAACACCCUACAGGAUUACCUGGGACUACUACUUCGCAGCAAAUCAACAUACUUUGCCAUUUGAGUCCUGGGAGGAACCUGCAGAGUUAGAAUAUGUAAAGCAACAUGGAGUAUCUGUAUUUCUGAUGCCUUCUGGAAUGCUAGGAACACUGCUUUCAUUAGUUGAUGUUUUGCCUCUGUUUGCCAACACAAAAUGGGGCCAAGAUGCAAACCUAAAAUUUCUAAAGACUCACAUGGGUGCUACUUUUGAGACACGAUCUAAGCCAUGGCGUGCAACUAUCAAUCCAGAUGAUGUUCAUUCCGGUGAUUUUCUAGCUGUUUCAAAGAUCCGUGGAAGAUGGGGUGGCUUUGAAACAUUGGAAAAAUGGGUCACAGGGGCAUUUGCUGGUCAUACAGCAGUUUGUAUGAAGGACGAUUUAGGAAAUCUUUGGGUUGGUGAAUCAGGACACGAGAAUGAAAAGGGUGAAGAAAUUAUUGUGGUGAUUCCAUGGGAUGAAUGGUGGGAUUUGGCACUUAAAGAUGAAUCAAACCCACAAAUUGCUUUGUUGCCUUUACAUCCUGAGAUUCGUGCAAAAUGGAAUAACACUGCAGCAUGGGAAUAUGCUUUGAGCAUGUCUGGGAAACCUUAUGGUUAUCAUAACAUGAUUUUUAGUUGGAUUGAUACCAUUGGUGACAAUUAUCCCCCACCUAUUGAUGCUCACUUGGUGAUUUCUGUCAUGUCUAUGUGGACUAGGAUGCAGCCUGCUUAUGCUGCCAAUAUGUGGAAUGAAGCUCUAAAUAUGCGUCUUGGGACAGAGGGUUUGGAUUUGUAUGGGAUAUUGGAAGAGACAGAAAAGCGAGGCAUAUCUUUUGAUGAAUUGAUGACAAUUCCUGAGAAUGAUGAAUGGGUGUAUAGUGAUGGAAAGUCUACAACAUGUGUUGCUUUUAUUCUUCAAAUAUAUAAAGCUGCUGGAGUUUUUGGGGCUUUUGCAGAUUCUAUUCAAGUCACCGAGUUCACUAUUCGUGAUGCUUAUAUGCUGAAAAUCUUUGAGAAUAACCAAACACGGCUUCCAAAUUGGUGCAACAAUGGUGAUGAUAAGCUUCCAUUCUGCCAAAUACUUGGGAAGUAUCGCAUGGAACUACCUUUGUACAACACCUUACACCCAUAUUCCAAUAUGAAUGAAAAUUGCCCUUCUCUCCCUCCAACUUAUGAGAGGCCUACUCAUUGCUAAUAUUCUAAAAAAAAUUGUAAGCUCCUUUUCGUAAAAUUGUCAUGUAUGUUUGAUUUGGAGGAUAUUGUCAUUUAGACAUUUCUGUAUGUAUGUAAACAUGCUAACGAUAUAUACAAGGGAGUACGCGUAAGCAUAACUAGGUAUUCUUCUACUUGUUAUUGUUUGUGUAUAGUGAUGGGAGUUUUAUGACAUAUUAUCUAUUAUAUUUUUCUUGCUGUUCAAAGAACAAAAAAAAU